CUUGGCUACGAUAAUCAAAGACACGAGCUGAAUAUAGAGUCUAUCUGAACAGCUAAGGUAGCUACUUUACUCCCUUGCGAUUACUAGAAAGCUAGAUUAUACUUCUUAGCUCUAAACGCGAGUAAAAUUUAAAUCAGACGUCGGCAAAAUGCUUACCCAGCUCGUCUCCCUCACGGCCCUAGCUGCCACCGUCUCGGCUCACGGUCUCAUCUCGAAGCCCACGCCCCGCGGACCCGGCGACGCGUCAGUUGCCGCGUGCGGUCAGUCCGUCGUGACCAACAUCAAGGGAGACAAGACGUCGCACGUCGAAGGUCUCCCCGAGCUCGCCGCCGCCGAUACAGGCUACCACGCCGACCGGUGCAACCUAUGGCUCUGCCGCGGUCUCCAAUACGCCGAUAACUCAGCCAACGUGCAGAAGUACACUCCUGGCCAAAGUGUCAACAUCGAGGUCCAGCUUACCAUCCCUCACGCUGGUUCCGCCAAUGUAUCGAUCGUCGACACCAAGACCGACACCAUCAUCGGCACACCCCUCCUUAGCUGGCCCUCUGGCUACGCCGAUGAGCGCCAGUUCUACGCCCACCAGACUCCGGCUAACCAGACCAGCUUCAACAUUACUAUUCCUGAGGACCUUGGCUCGAAGUGCUCUGAGGCUGGUGCUUGUGUUAUCCAGUGGUGGUGGUACGGAACCGGCGCGAAGCAGACUUAUGAGAGCUGUGUCGACUUCACUGUCGCGUAAAAAACUUGUAAUCUAUCAACCCCUCGAUAGCUCGGAUGAUAUGUGUACCAAAAAUGAUGUUUUCCGGGCUUAGAUGGAUAUAUAAAUGAAAUUAGAUGUUAAUAGAUAUGUCAAGUUAUGCUUUUCAUUUUAAUCUCCAUUCCUGA